UCUUCUUUCAUUUGUCACUCGUUUGUGUAUUUAUAAAAUGAAAUCAUAUCCUUAGGUUGCUAAACAGGUUUUACGCACUUAAAGCGCUAUGUGCUCGUUUCUCUCACGUUGCCUUCUCUUCUUCACCUUUAAUUGUAGGCCUACUACAGCAGGACUCGGGAGUGGCUUUUAGCGACCUCAGGGUGCGCCCUGAGUACAGCUGCGCAAUGAUCGCGGGUGAGCGCAUAGGUGGGAUCUGGGACAAUGAGAUCGUAACGCCGGAAGAGCCUAAACAAGUUUAAAAAGGGGCUUGUGCUGUACUGCCUAUCGAGUUUAUAAUAGAUAAGAUGAAUACGCGAAUCAGACCGGGCUACCACCGCCUGGAAAUUAACAAAACAUCAUGGGAAGUACCGGAGCGGUACCGGGAUCUGAAGCAGGUGGGGACCGGAGCGUACGGGACGGUAUGCUCUGCAGUAGACUCAAGAACAGGAGCAAAGGUGGCGAUCAAGAAGCUCUACAGACCGUUCCAGUCUGACAUCUUUGCAAAACGGGCCUACAGGGAGCUGAGGCUCCUCAAACACAUGAAACAUGAAAAUGUGAUUGGCCUGUUAGAUGUGUUUACAGCUGACCUCUCUCUGGACAGAUUUCGUGAUUUUUAUCUGGUGAUGCCCUUCAUGGGGACAGAUCUGGGGAAGCUGAUGAAGAUGCAGAAGCUCUCAGAAGAAAAAAUUCAAUAUUUGGUUUACCAGAUGCUUAAAGGGCUCAAGGUAAGGAGCUCUGCUUUGAUCAGCUGCCAAUCCAUUAUUACUAUGUUAAAAUAUUCAGCUCGCUGCAUUCCUUUAUUACAGUAUAUCCAUUCUGCUGGUAUCAUUCACAGGGACCUCAAACCAGGAAAUCUCGCUAUCAACCAAGACUGCGAGCUCAAGAUCUUGGACUUUGGCUUAGCCAGGCAGGCAGACAGUGAGAUGACGGGGUACGUAGUAACUCGCUGGUACAGAGCCCCAGAGGUGAUCCUGAACUGGAUGCACUACACUCAGACGGUGGACAUUUGGUCAGUGGGCUGCAUCAUGGCAGAGAUGCUGCAAGGAAAACCUCUUUUUAAGGGCAGUGACCACCUAGAUCAGCUGAUUGAGAUCAUGAAGCUCAUAGGAACACCAUCACAGGAAUUUAUAUCAAAACUAGACUCUGAGGAUGCAAAAUCCUACCUCAAAAGCCUUGGAAAAGUGGAAAAGAAAGACUUUCAGAAGGUGUUUUCCACAAGUAAUCCACAAGCCGUGUCAGUGCUGGAGCGAAUGUUAUUGCUAGAUCCAGAAAAACGGGUAACUGCUGCAGAAGCUCUCACGCUGCCUUACUUCACUGAGUUUAGAGACCCAGACGAGGAGACGGAAGCACAGCCAUAUGAUCACUCACUAGACAAUGCAGAGCUGACUUUGGACCAGUGGAAACGUCACACCUUCACAGAGAUCUUGUCUUUCAAGCCUGUUGUGCUGGAAGCCAAGGACCCCUCCAAGGAAACCUCACUGUAACAUGCACAGAGCUGACACUGCAACCUGGAACCAGAACAAACAAACACGUUUUUUUUAAUGACAAUCUCAACUAUGAAAACGCAACUUAAUGAAUGUAAACUGGCCCUGUUCUCAUAAGUGCAAGCUGCUGUGGGAUUUUUCACGACAGUUAGGUAGACACUUUAUUUGUUCUAAAAUAAUAAGUGUUUCAUUAAAAUACAAAGUCUCAGCUGCAAAUCAAGUGGCUUUAUAGUAACACGUUAAAGGACUGUGUGAGUACAUAUUACCCAAAGUUUAUAGGUUCAGAAUUCUUUGGACAGAUCUGCAUGAAUAUUAAACAUCUGUGGAGAAGUUAAUGAAGCCAUUAACCUAUAAACAUCAGUCGACACUUGUGUCAUCCCCGGUGGUGCUCUCCUCGGCUACAGCCCUGCCCUAUAAGCUGUUAAUUGUCAUGGGUCCUCCUGCCUUUAGUCUAAUAUUCAGUAAGAGGAAUAGAGCUCAGCUGGAUUAUCAAAUCAAGGACAGCUUAGAGAAAAACUUUGAACACUGACAAGGAAACAUGUCCACAUGCUUCCUUGAGAGUAUUGCCAUGAAGUGGAGCUUUGAAGUGCAAAUGAUUUUCCUGUCAUCUCAAAGAUUUAUUCACCUGUGAUUCACCUUUGACUUUGGCAAAUCAACCACCUUUAGUAUCUCUUUUGUCAUUUUAUUCCUUGUACUGACAGAAAACUUUACCUUAAUCUAAAAGGUCACAUGUGACCAUUUGCUUGUCCAUCUAUUUUGUGUGUCUCUCCAACCAGAGCUUUGGCUGUGGAAGGAUUCACGUCUAUCUCCCAAAAAUCACGUUCACUACUGAUGCAAAGCCAUUCACAAACUCAUCGUGGCUUAAAGCAGAUACUUGGCAUUUUAAUGUUGCAUUUGUUCAUUUAUUUUUGAUUUGUGCUUGAAUCACAGAACCUGAAGGAAAACAGUAAAAACAACACACAACUGUUCCAGUUUCAGUUUCAGGGGUACAGAUAUUUUUUUCUAAUAGUUCUACUGAGUCCAUGACUAUCUAUCACCUGGUACAAUUUAAGUAUUCCCACCUUUAAUGAAGAAGUUUAGUAUUUUAGAAAUAGAAAUACUGAAAUUCAAUAAGAAGCUUUGAAAAAAAACCCCAUUGUUAAUAGGAUGCUGUUGAGUUAAUUGUAUUGUAUUUAAAAGUACGAUUAUUAACAAACACUUGUAAUUUAUGUUAAUAUGCUAUUUUGCAACUUUCGCAUUAUAUGCAACUUGUCUUGAAGUGUGUGCGUGUGGGUGUGUAUGUGCACUGUGGUUCAUGUGAAAUCUCUCAGCAGGGUAUGCACAAACAUUCACGUUUUAAUUUCAAAACCAAAGGUUUCUGAUUGUUUAGACUUUGUAAAGGUUGCAAAACACACCUUUAUGUUUCCAGCGACACUUGUGCAGUUUUUAUAUUAAAGGUUCUCUUUGAAAAUGUC